AUGGCGGAAGCUGCACAAGGCCCACCAACCUUCAAGCUCGUCCUUGUUGGUGACGGUGGUACUGGAAAGACAACCUUCGUCAAGCGCCAUCUAACGGGUGAGUUCGAAAAGAAAUACAUCGCCACUCUUGGUGUCGAGGUUCACCCGUUGGGCUUCUCGACUAACCUCGGUCAAAUCCAAUUCGAUGUCUGGGACACCGCUGGUCAAGAGAAAUUCGGCGGUCUAAGAGACGGAUACUACAUCAAUGGCCAAUGCGGUAUCAUCAUGUUCGAUGUUACUUCCAGAAUUACCUACAAGAACGUUCCCAACUGGCAUCGUGACUUGGUCCGUGUCUGUGAGAAUGUCCCAAUUGUUCUUUGCGGAAAUAAAGUCGAUGUCAAGGAGCGAAAAGUCAAGGCAAAGACCAUCACCUUCCACCGCAAGAAGAAUCUCCAAUACUACGAUAUCAGCGCAAAGUCCAACUACAACUUCGAGAAGCCUUUCCUCUGGUUAGCUCGCAAAUUGGUCGGCAACCCCCAGCUUGACUUUGUCGCCGCUCCCGCGCUUGCCCCUCCAGAGGUCACAGUCAACCAGCAAUUGCUUGAUCAAUACCACAAGGAAAUGACCGAAGCCGCAGCCAUGCCUCUGCCCGACGAGGAGGACCCCGAUUUGUAA